AUGGGCAGUGGGUUCGAAAAAUGGUCGAUUUUGUUCUUGGUAGCGACGGCCCUAUCGACGGUUUCGAUUGUGGCGCAGCCUCAAGUGCCGUGCUACUUCAUAUUCGGCGACUCAUUGGUCGACAAUGGCAAUAACAACAACAUUCAAUCGUUGGCCCGAGCCAAUUACUUGCCUUAUGGUAUCGAUUUUCCUGAUGGGCCCACCGGUAGAUUUUCCAACGGCAAGACUACGGUCGAUGUAAUUGCUGAGCUUUUAGGUUUCGACGAUUACAUUCCGCCGUACUCAAGCGCCCGCGGGCAACAAAUACUCCGAGGAGUAAAUUAUGCAUCGGCAGCCGCCGGCAUCCGGCAAGAAACCGGACAACAACUAGGCGCUAGAAUUGAUUUCACCGGACAAGUAAACAACUACAAGACCACGGUUUCGCAAGUUGUCGACAUACUCGGCGACGAGGACUCGGCCGCAAACUACUUGAGCCAAUGCAUAUAUUCGAUCGGAAUCGGAAGCAACGACUAUCUCAACAAUUACUUCAUGCCGCAAUAUUACUCCACCAGCCGCCAAUACUCACCGGAGCAAUAUGCCGACGUACUCAUCCAACAAUACUCCGACCAAAUCAGGGCUUUGUACAACUAUGGGGCUAGGAAGUUUGUGUUGAUCGGAGUGGGCCAAAUCGGGUGCAGCCCAAAUGCUCUGGCCCAAAACAGCCAGGACGGGUCCACUUGCGUGCAGAGAAUCAACAGUGCAAAUCAGAUAUUCAACCGGAAAUUGAGAGGCUUAGUUGACCAGUUCAACGGCAACUCUCGGGACGCCAGAUUCAUCUACGUCGACGCGUAUGGAAUUUUCCAGGAUUUAAUUGACAGCCCCUCAUCUUUUGGGUUUAGGGUUACAAAUGCUGGAUGCUGUGGAGUUGGGAGGAACAAUGGACAAAUAACAUGUCUUCCAUUUCAAACUCCAUGCCCAAAUAGAGAUGAAUAUUUGUUUUGGGAUGCUUUUCACCCAAGUGAAGCUGCAAAUAUUGUCGUCGGCCGAAGAUCGUACAGUGCUCAGAAGUCCUCGGAUGCUUAUCCGUUUGAUAUUCGCCGUUUGGCCCAACUUUGA